GAUCAACUGAGAGCAUCCUCCAGAAAGCAUCCUCCAGACAACAACCAGACACACAGGGACUCUCCGUCACACUGGGAUCACACAUUUCUGCCUUUUUUGCUGCCUUUUCUCGUUCCAUCAUUUUCUGCAACAACAACAAACAGUGGAGCAGCAGCAGCAGCACCAUGAAGGAAAGGAGAAACACGCAGCCGCUGGUUGUGAGAUGUAAACUGGUUCUUGUUGGAGACGUUCAAUGCGGAAAAACGGCGAUGUUGCAAGUCCUGGCCAAGGACUGCUACCCAGAGACCUACGUGCCCACGGUGUUUGAAAACUACACAGCCUGUCUGGAGCUGGAGGAGCAGCGAGUGGAGCUCAGUCUGUGGGACACUUCAGGUUCUCCAUACUACGACAACGUGAGGCCCCUGUGCUACAGUGACUCAGAUGCAGUUCUGCUGUGUUUUGACAUCAGCCGUCCUGACACUGUGGACAGCAGUCUGAAGAAGUGGAAAACUGAGAUCCUGGACUUCUGUCCGAGCACGCGGAUUCUGCUCAUUGGUUGUAAGACCGACCUGCGCACAGACGUCUGCACGCUGAUGGAGCUGUCCAAUCAGAAACAGACUCCCAUCACCUACGAGCAGGGUUCUGCCAUGGCCAAGCAGCUGGGUGCCGAGGCGUACCUGGAGUGCUCGGCGUUCACCUCGGAGAAAAGCAUCCACAGCGUGUUCCGCACCGCGGCGAUGGCGUGCAUCAACAAGCUGCAGCCCCUCCCCAAGCCCAGCCCCACCCGCCGCCUCUCAAAAAGACUGCUCCACCUGCCCAGCAAGUCGGAUUUGCUCUCCUCCACCUUCAAGAAGGAGAAGGCCAAGAGCUGCUCGGUCAUGUGAGUGGAGACCUCUUGGGUUACAGUCCUCACAUGCGACCCCCAGCCCCCGCCUCUUUGGUCUCGGGGAAGGGGGGGUGGGCACGAUGGUUUUAUCAGGGCUUCCUGCUGAAUCCUUCCCUCACCCCCCCGGAAACCAAACACCCCUCAGAAGAGGUGGACACCUCGCUGUCCACUUGCUCCUGAACCUUUUAGCGCACAUCCAUUUUGUUCCCACUACUGUUUAUGCUUUCGAACAAACAAUAUCAGUCAAGGUUUGAUCAUCGAGCUAUCAUUUUUUUUCACCUGUAAACAGUAUGCAACUACAACGGUGUUACAUCUGUCUGAUUUUACUAUCUCUAGGCACAUGUUGAUUUUGUCCAAAUUGGAAAUGUGCAACGUGUGACGUUUAAUCUUGUGAUGUAAAUGCCUCUCAGACAACUCAAUGGAUAUUUUUCUAAAAUAAAUCUAGCAUGAAACCGUCAGGAGUUAGCAACAUCCUGUACAUCCCUCUUAGUAAGGCGUGUGAGGUGUGAAAUAGCGUGUUGCUGGUGUCCCCAUUUAGGCCUGUGAACGCGCAGAGGGAGUAGCGGGACAAACCGCAGUGAGAGCUAUUACAUAGAGAGCUGCUCUCAUUGUCUCAGUAGUGAUGAGAGCUGUGAGCGCAGACAGCAGUCUAUUUCAACCUGCAUGGAUUGUCGAUGCAUGGUUGUGUAGCGCUGGACGGCGCUGCUCCACAGGAUUUCAGUGGAGGAUGCCCGAAGAGGCUCUGUGUAAAUGAGGACACGCAAAAAAAAUAAAAGUUUAGUUGGGCUUCCGGUGUCUCUGCUGUCACAGUCUAUUUUAAAAUACUAUUUUGGUGAUGGGAAACAUUUUAAUGGAUGAGGGAAGUCGCUUUUAUAUAAAAAGCAUUAAAAAGCAGCUCAAUGCCGAGCUGUCCAGUGUUAUUUAUGAAGCCGCGGCUGGUUAUUGAUGCCAGUCAAAGUGUUAUGAGGCAUAUUUAAAAGCAUAGGAUAACCGACUGCUAAUGGGAAAAUCUGGUUUGUUUCAAAUAUUCUUCGGGAAAAGAUUUGUAGCAUUGCGUUGUUGACAGUUUUUCAACAACUCAAAAAUGGUAUGCAGUUUUGAAAAAAAUGCCUUUCAUAUUAUAUUAUGUUCCCGGACGAUUUUUUGACUAAUGUAAUAUGCCUGUGGAUUAUUUCUCUCGUUCGCAACGAUCCAAAUGUAGCACUCCCAACCUGACUCUACUCUUCCAAGGCGACUCUAGUUUUUACGUCGUACACUCUGUUAAUCUCUCAACCUCCAAUAAGCAGCACUUAACUGUAGGUUACGAUGAAUACAAAGCAAAAAUUGGACCAUUUCUCUGAGCUUAAAUCUUUGGCUUCAUGGUUAUGUGCGCGUGCAGCAUCGAUCUCUGUGCUUCUUCUAACCAUAAAGCAAUAAUGAUUUAAGUGCUUGUGAUGCAAGGUAACCCUGUGCGGCAAUAAAGAUGCAGCUUUGUGAUGAUUACUGUCAUGCUAUAGCGCUCCAUGGACUUCCAUGAUAUAGACUGAAACCAUCUCUGCUGUACAAAGAGGCUGCUGAUCUGUGUUUGCCCUCCUCCACCGGUAUAUAGAAUAACCAAUGACGACGUCCUGCUAUGAAAUAGAUCGGAGUAUGAGAGGGAACGACGCCCUUUGAGUUGGAGAUGCUAGACUUUGCUGUCAAUUUUACAUAAUCAUAAUAAAAAAAUAAACUGCUUGAGUGAGUUGCAGUAUAUGCUUUUAAAAUUGGAUAAAAGUCUAACUAUCAUCUUGUAAAAAGGGCUAGUGUUUGGGGGGAAAAAAAGGAAAUAAUGUGAGGAGAACAAGUAAACAAAAUGCACAGGCUGGCCCUGUCCAAAGAAAGCUAUUUUUCCAUUCUUUGUUUAUUUGGUUGAUGUGUUUUUUUCUGUUUUGGUAUUUAAAAGCAUGAUGUGUUGUUUUGGAAAUGUCUCUCUGAGAUGGUUGUAGCGUCUUUAUGGAGCAGUGUGGACUACCCACCCCCCUCGGUAGUCGGAGCAACUUAAAGUGGUGAUUUGCACAAAGGCUUCCAGUUCAUGUUCACACACCAAAUUCCUUGGCAUUGCCUAGCAACAAUUCAGCGUAGGAAACAGCGACUGGCUCUUGGGUUGGUUGUGUGGACAGAGAGGGUUGGCUCACGAGCAGACAUCCCCGCAUCCAUUAUUACAGCGUCAGUUAUUGCCAGGCUUGUAUAUUUCUUGAUAUUUUUCUUUGGGUUAGGGAGCUGAUGCCAGGCCUUCUGGAGACGGGAUAGACGGACCAUGUCAGUUAAUAUGCAGCCUUUGUGUUGUAGUCAGUGUGUGGUACAAUGGUGCAGUCAAACUCCUAAGCAUGUCCUAUUAAAGUUGUAUGAUUGUACAUACCGUCUUCUUGUUUUAUAAUCAUUGUAAGACGUCUUCAAGGAUGUCACAUGAAAAUAUUGUUGAUGUGUAUAUUUAUUUGGUAGCUAUUUUUUUGCCUUUUUUUCUAUUGACAUGUACAUUUGUUUAAAAUCUAUUUUGGAAAUUUUACUUUUUUUGAUUUUUGUUUUGUUUUGUUUUUGCUGUGUUAAAUAAAGCUUGCCCUGUCUGGCAUCCUUGAA